AUGGCAUCAAUUAUUAUUGGAUCACAAUGGGGAGAUGAAGGUAAAGGCAAGUUGGUCGAUAUUCUCUCUGCCGACUAUGAUGUAGUUGCCCGUUGUCAAGGUGGAGCCAAUGCAGGCCACACUAUUGUUGUCGAAGGCAAAAAGAUUGCUUUGCAUCUCAUUCCAUCUGGUAUCUUGAAUGAACGUGCUACAUGUAUCCUCGGUAACGGUUUGGUCAUUCAUUUACCAACCCUUUUCAAGGAGCUUGCAGGUCUCAAGGAAAAGGGUAUCAAGUAUGAAGGUCGUCUUUUCAUCUCUGAUCGUGCUCAUCUCGUUUUAGAUAUUCAUCAAAUGAUUGAUGCAAUGAAAGAACAAGAAUUAUCAAAGGGUAAUGACAGUAUUGGCACCACCAAAAAGGGAAUUGGGCCGGCUUACUCUAGCAAGGCCUCAAGAGGAGGUAUUAGAGUUUGUGAUCUCUAUCAUCCAGAAAACUUUAAAAAGAAUUUGUAUAGAAUCUCUGAAAACAAACACAAGAGAUUCGGUACAUUUGAAUACAAUGUUGAAGAUGAAAUCAAGAGAUACACAGAAUAUGCUGAACUUCUUCGUCCAAUGGUGAUUGAUACCAUCUAUUACAUGAACCAAGCCUUCAAGGAAGGAAAGAAGGUGUUGAUCGAAGGUGCUCAAUCCACCAUGUUGGAUAUCGAUUUUGGUACCUAUCCAUAUGUCACUUCAUCUGCUUCAUCUGUUGGUGGUGCUUGUACUGGAUUGGGUAUUGCACCAAACAAGAUUGUUCAUCAAAUUGGUGUAGUCAAGGCAUACACAACUAGAGUUGGUGCUGGACCAUUCCCAACGGAAUUGCAUGGUGAUGAAGCCGAGAAUUUGAGAAAGGCUGGUGGCGAGUAUGGUACUACAACUGGUCGUCCACGUCGUAUUGGAUGGUUGGAUAUCCCAGUGCUCCGUUACACCUCGAUGAUCAAUGAUUUCAGCGAACUCAAUCUUACCAAGCUCGACGUUCUCAGCCACCUCGACGAGAUCAAGAUUGGUACCGACUAUAUUCACAAGGGUCAAACUGUCAAGGGAUUCCCAGCCUCUUUGGAGGAUUUGGCCGAAUGCCAAGUCGUCUAUGAGACUCACAAGGGUUGGAGGACCAGUCUUGAAAACAUCCGCAAGUUUGAAGACUUGCCCGCCGAAGCCAAAUCUUAUAUCGCCAGAAUCGAACAAUUGGUUGGUGUAAAGAUUAAAUGGAUCGGUGUUGGUCAAGAUAGAGCUGCUAUGGUCACUCAACCAUAA